AUGUCAGAAACAACUGCAACAAUAGAAGAAGCUGCACCACCACCACCACCACAGCCGCCGCCACCAUCUUAUUCAUCUGCAUCUUUACGGAUUGCUUCUCUAAUAUUGAAGAUCUUUACCUUCCUUCUCUUAUUAAUAUCCCUAAUAGUGCUUUGCACCAACACCGUGGAUGUUUAUCCGCAGAAACUUAGAUUUCAGGAUAUUUAUGCCUACCGAUACAUGCUUUCCACAAUCGUCAUUGGCACUGCAUAUUCUCUCUUGCAACUUGCAUUGUCAAUCCAUAAUGUCGUAAGUGGCCAGGACGGCAUUCUCCUACUCGACUUCUUUGGUGACAAGUUGAUAUCAUACCUUCUAGCAAGUGGUACUGGCGCAGGGUUUGCCAUAACUGUAGACACAAAGAGAUUGACGGAUGCAGAUCCUCUAUUUGAUAUGAUUGACAUUCGCGAAUUUUAUGACAAGGCAUAUGCAUCAGCUAGCCUCCUUCUCCUCGCAUUUUGCUCCACUGCCAUGUUAUCCAUCAUCUCUUCCUAUACACUCCCGAAGAAAGUUUGA